AUGCUCUCUCCUGAUGCGCCCUCUGGUGGAUGUGGAGAGGAGCGCGCACAGCUCCACCUGGAUCUGAACGGAAACAUCCACUCAGCUGCAGCUCACUCAGACGCCGGAGACCUUCAUGGAGAAACAAACACCACUGAACACUGUGAGCCGGAGCCGAGGCAGCGUGGCAUUUUUCCAGGCCUGAGCUCCGACAGCUGCGACACGGGGCCGAUGGAGGGAGGGGAGCCAUCCACAGGGACCAGCGACGAGAGCCCAUCAGAGGCUGACCUCCCCCUGAGCAGAGACCAGGCCUCCAUGGACCUGGAGGACAGCGACUCCGGGCUGGAGUCCGGGGCGUCUGACCGGCGGCUCUCCCCCAGGACAGUGGGGGCUCUGGGGGCCGAGGGUCCCGGCCAGUCCCUGACCUCGGCCUGGGACCUGGCCUUGUACGAGGGACAAUGCUUUAGCGAGGAGGUGCGGAGCUACGCCCUGCAGCUGGGGCAACACAGCGGGGCAGCGGCCUGUGUGGACGCCAAGUCACAGGUGAGAGAUGCAUCAUGGGAGCAGAGACAUGUGUUUGGCUAG